AUGACGAUAAGCAAAAAUUCUGUGACAGUUUUGGCCAAUCAUCUUAAAAAAAACCCUGAUUCAAAAGUCAUUUUUUUAGUUGGGGCAGGUGCAUCUACUUCUUGUGGUAUUCCUGAUUUUAGAUCUCCUAAGACUGGUCUUUAUCACAAUCUAUCAAAGCUUAAUUUACCUUAUGCAGAAGCUGUUUUUGAUGUAGAUUAUUUCAAAGAAAAUCCCAAACCUUUUUACACAUUGGCUAAGGAAUUAUACCCUGGGAAUUUUAAACCUUCAGAAUUUCAUUACUUAAUGAAAUUAUUUGAAGAUAAAGGUAGAUUAAAAAGAAUUUAUACCCAGAAUAUCGAUACUCUAGAAAGAGAAGCUGGUAUUUCUUCAGAGUUAGUCAUCGAGGCACAUGGAAGUUUUGCCUCUAACCAUUGUAUAGAGUGUGCAAAGGAAUUCCCGCUUAGUGUCUUCAAAGAUAAACUUGAUUCUGCUAAUGCCAAAGGAGAGUUUUCAUAUGCAAAGUGUAGUGAAUGUAAAGGUCUAAUAAAACCUAAAAUUGUAUUUUUUGGUGAAAAUUUGCCUGAAGCCUUUUUUAAUACUUGGGAUGAUGAUGUAGAAUGGCUUUCAAAAAGACAUAAUGCAACAGAAGAUUUAAUAAUUGUAGCAGGUACUUCACUAACUGUUCAUCCUUUUGCAUCGUUGCCCUCUGAAGUUCCUGAUACGUCAAGAAGAGGCUUGUUUAACCUAGGUCUUGUAGGCGAUUUUGAAGAUAACCCUAGAGAUGAUGAUAUAUUCAUCGAGGGCCUUCUAGACGAAAUUGCACAUAAACUAGCAACUGAAUUAGGAUGGCUGGAAGAGUUAGAAUUAUUAAUCAAGGCUGAGAAUGAACAAAUUCCAGAGUUGGUUAAGGAAUUGGAGAAAUUGGAAUUAAAAUCUUCAAACAAUGAAAGUGAGAAGAAAAAUCUGAUCACUUUAGAUAAGGCUAGAAAAGAAAAUAAAGAUGAUAAUGACGUUAACGAUAAAAAAACGGAAUGA